ACUUUUCUCUCUCCUCUCUCCUCUGCACGCUGGCUGUGUGUGAUAAAGGUGAUUCCCUGUAACCUCCUUCCCAAGCCUCUUCCUCCCUGCUCUAUGUGUGUCCCUCCCUCCCUUCUUCCCCGUCUCCUGACAGCUGUGCCCAUUUCCCUUGGUUUAGUCCUUGUGCCGUGUCCCCAUGCCUGCUGUCCUCCUCCUCCUCUGUCCCUCCCCUGUCCCUCUCUGAUGCCCUCCACCACCUCCUGGCGCUUCCUGUGUGGCUCUCUCAGAUCUAGUCCGGGAUAAGUUGUGUGAGAUCGGGGCACACAUGGGGAGCUCGGCGUCUUCUCUGGCAGCAGAGGGCAAGUCACACCAUGGCUCCAUGGGCAACGCGUACCCUGAACUCAGCCUGCUGAGCUGGCAGAGGAAUGGGGUCCCAGGACCUCUUUGGCAUGGCUCUGUCAUUCCCAUGUACCGGAUGCACAGGCUUCCAGUCCCUAUGGCUGCCCCCUCCUCCUGUGGGGAGUGGUCAUGCUGUCGCUGUACCUUCUUGAAUCCUCAGGGGCAGCGACACUGCUCCAUCUGUGAAGCUCCACGCCACCUUCCGGACCUCAACCACAUCUUGCGGCUCAGCUCGGCUGAGCAACGCUGGUCCUGCAGUCGCUGUACCUUCUCCAAUCUCGCUCCCAUCAACCCAUCACCACCUCCAGCCACUUGCCAGCUCUGUGGGUUUCUGCCUCCUCCGGCCAUUCCCAAUGGCAUCUCACGCGGACCUCAAGAGGACGCAGUCUCUCCUACCCAAGAUUCGGAUGUUGAGGACAUUACACCUCCUAGCCUGCCAUCUGUACCAGCUAUUGGGUGGAGUUGUCCACGCUGCACUCUGCUUAACACUCCUGUGUCCAGCUCCUGCUCUGCCUGUGGUGGGCCACGCAAAUUGUCUUUGCCCAAAAUCCCGCCAGAGGCGCUGGUUGUCCCUGAGGUUGUCCCACCUCCUGCUGCAUUUCAGGGCCCAGAUGAACAAGCCUCAGGUCCUCUACGUGAACCAGAUUCCCCCAGACCGCUGCCGUCACUGCCACUGUCACCUGGACCACAUAAUAUUCCCGUACCAAGAAGUCGAAGGGAAGUGGCACCAGAUAAUCCGCUCUCUCCUCCUCCUUCCACCUCAAGUCGUCUUCCUAAACGCCUGAGCGUCUUGGAAGAGGAAAUGCCAACACCUGAAACAACGCCAUCUUCUGCUGAUCCACAUAGCUCUGACACCAGCUGGCCGUGCGGGAAAUGCACCUUUCGGAAUCUUAGUAGUGCCAGCAGAUGUCGAGUUUGCGGGGCAGUGCGGACAAAUGAGGGUCUUAAUGGUUCAACUGGAACUGAGGGACUACCAUCACCCUCCAGCAUAGUAGUGAUCCCCAUACCAGCUCCCCGUAGGGCAGAGUGGGCCUGCCCAGCAUGUACCCUCUUAAAUGAGACUCUAUCCACACACUGUGUGGCUUGCCACACGCCACAGGUAUAUUUGGCACAGCACCACAAGCGAGGGGGGAGAAUGCUGCGGCGUAGAGAGAGUGUCAGGGCGGAGACACGAAGGCAGACGGACGAGGGCGAGGCCAAGGAGCUUUGGGAGAAUAUUGUCAGUUUUUGUCGAGAGAACAGGGUGAAUUUUGUGGAUGACAGCUUCCCCCCAGGGCCUCGCUCCGUUGGCUUUCCGGAGUCGGACAGCGUCCAGCAGCGGGUAAAACAAUGGCUUAGACCGCAAGAGAUCAGCUGCACCCUCAAAGACCGCGGGGUGAAGUGGACUGUCUUUCGCACGCCACGACCUUCUGACAUCCUGCAAGGGUUGCUGGGAAACUGCUGGUUCCUGAGUGCGUUGGCGGUGCUGGCAGAAAGGCCGGAGCUGGUGGAGAGGGUGAUGAUCACAAGGACAAUCUGCCCAGAAGGAGCCUAUCAAGUCCGACUAUGCAAAGAUGGGACAUGGAUCACAGUCCUAGUGGACGACAUGCUGCCCUGCGAUGACGCUGGAUACCUGCUCUUCUCCCAGGCCCAAAGGAAGCAGCUGUGGGUGGCUCUGAUAGAGAAGGCCCUAGCAAAGCUCCAUGGAUCCUACUUCGCCCUCCAGGCUGGCAGAGCCAUCGAGGGGUUGGCCACUCUUACUGGAGCUCCAUGUGAAAGUCUGAUGCUUCAGAUUAGCUCUACGAACCCCCGAGAGGAGACCGUGGACACCGACCUCAUCUGGGCCAAAAUGCUAAGCUCUAAAGAAGCCGGCUUUCUAAUGGGGGCAUCUUGUGGAGGAGGCAACAUGAAGGUGGAUGAUGUGGCCUAUGAGAGCGUGGGCCUGAGACCAAGGCAUGCCUAUUCUAUACUUGACCUCCGAGACAUCCAUGGCUCCCGACUCCUCCGCCUGCGAAACCCUUGGGGACGCUUCUCUUGGAACGGCAGCUGGUCAGAUGAUUGGGCCUUGUGGCCGGCGACCCUGAAGCAGGACCUGAUGCCGCAUGGUAGUAGUGAAGGUGUUUUCUGGAUGGAAUAUAGUGAUUUUAUACGGUAUUUUGACUCCGUUGACAUCUGCAAAAUCCACACAGACUGGCAUGAAGUCAGAGUCCAGGGCACAUUUCCCAACAAGGCCUCCGUUCCAGUGACCAUCACCUCUCUGACAGUGGUGGAACGCACAGCCCUGGAGUUUUCGUUGUUCCAGGAAGGCAGCAGACGGUCAGACACCGUGGACAGUCACCUCCUUGACCUCUGCAUCAUGGUUUUUCGAGCUUCGCACGGUGGAGCUGGGAAGGUCAUGUUGGGCCGCCUCAUGGCACACAGCAAAAGGGCAGUGAAAAAGUUUGUGGGGUGUGACGUCAUGCUGGAACCCGGGGAGUACGCUGUUGUGUGCUGCGCAUUUAACCACUGGAAUACCUUAAACCUGACUGGCUCAUCCCCUGUUCAAGCUUCCAGUCCCACAGGCAGCAGUAAUAACCGUCGCUCGGUUGCAGACCCCAUGGGGUACGUCUUGGCCAUUUAUAGUUCUCGGCUCGUCAUGGUUGAACAGGUCGAAGCACAGCCAACAACGCUUGCAGAUGCCAUCAUCCUGCUCACUGAGGAUAAGGGGGAGCGGCAUGAGGGUCGCGAGGGGAUGACCUGUUAUUAUCUAACGCACGGAUGGGCGGGGCUCAUCGUGGUUGUAGAAAACCGCCACCCCAAGUCCUACUUGCACAUUCAGUGUGACUGCACAGACAGCUUCAAUGUAGUGUCCACCCGCGGCAGCUUGAAAACCAGCGACAGCGUCCCACCUCUUCACAGGCAGGUGCUGGUCAUCUUAUCGCAACUGGAGGGCAACGCUGGCUUCUCGAUCACCCAUCGACUGGCACAUCGGAAAGCUAACCAGGCCUCCCUAAACGACUGGAUGUCCAGCAAAGGCACGCACAGCCCACCUUUGUCCGCAGAGGUGUCCGGCCUACAUGGACCCCGACCACUAUGACACAUGUCCACCAAAUCACAUCCCAUCAUGGCCGGGACUGCCCAGGUUCAAUGGGAGCACUUUAGGGACUGACGGACUCCUGGGAAAAGAGAACUACACUUGAAAUCUACUCAGGACUUCUAUCCUGUGUAUACAGGGACCCUUCCCCCAUCCCUCAGUCCUGUCCCUUGUUUGUUUUUUGUCUUUUAUUUUUUUGCUUCAAGGGCCACAUGAGGUGAAAGCUUUAUGGAUUGAUCCUGCUUUCUCUUACUACAUUUAGGCAAAGCAGCGUAUUCAUUUGUUUUACAAUAUGUCAUUCGCCUGCACAUACAGUCUUAUUAUAUAAGGCAGUUCGGAGAGAGGUUAGUGUAUAAAAUGCAGCAAACCAUAGAAGAACGUACCUUUCAGCAUUUAGCGGCAGUCAGAGCAAUGAAAAUGGAUUGCUGCGAGUUGUUGCACGUGCUGUUGAGGUCGUCAUACUUUGGGCAGGAACUGGAAGCUGAUGACAUCACUAGAUCAUCCCUGUAAUUGUUUACAAGACAUCAGCCUCUAUGGUGUAGUACGUAAGAGAUGGGCAUAUGCAGGAGUGCUAAAUUAUUUUGUUCAAUUUUAGCUGAGCGUCAUUCCCUGCAGGUUGCCUGGAGGACGUGUUACUUUCUGAGUAGCAUUUAAAAAGCUGAGCAAGGAGAGCAUGUUCUGAUUGGACGUUGGUAGAAUUUCCAAAGAUGAUUUCUUCAGGCUGUACGGCCAUAGUAGCAGUCUCUGCGACACAGCAGCAAUGACACUAUGCGGCACUGCACGAGUGAGCAGGUACUGGACUUGCCGACAUUGGCGCUUUAUCAAUUCAUGCACCCGGAAGGUGAACUCUCAGUAGGACCAUGUAACCUCCUUAUUGGUUUAACGAAUUAAUUGCCCUACUAUUUAGAAUGUGCUGGCUUGCAGUGGGUUAAGUCCAACGAGGUGUAUGAAACCUCUUUAUUUUAUUUACAACUGACAGUUUCACUGAGCACCAGGAGUACAACUAUUGCUACACUCCUGGCGCUUACAGGAGACAUGCAGGUGCUGUGUAGCCUGCCCACCACUCCCCUCCGCUGUCCAUUCACAUAAGGCUU